AUGGCCCGGGCAACCUUCUCCCUCCUCUCCCUCCUCUCCCUAACCUUGGCCAAUCACUUCACUCCGGGCGCCUGGAAGCCAGCAGUGUGGGGCUCUCCCUCGUGGACAAACACAUUCGACACCACGGUCAUAUCCGGACUCAUAACGGAGUCCCAGCUCCUCUUCGUUUCCCCGCUGUCCGUGUCUUGCUGGAACGCGUCGCAGAGUAACAUCCACAGUGAGGAGGAGUGCACGACCGCGUGGACCUUGAUGAGGUACAUCAACAACAGCUUCCUCAAGUAUAAUUUCACAAGUUUGGGGCAGAAGGCGACGUUGGUGCUACAAUGCUGUACGAGAACGCGGGAUUUAGGAUGAAUAUCAAUCACAUGCCUAAGAGGCGAGGACAGGGGAGUGGGUAUUCUUGGUCUGACUGGGGGGUGGGAGAAGCCAGGAGUAGAUUGCUGAUUUUGAGGAUCGGGGAGUUGUAG